AUGACUGAUCCUUAUUCCAAUUUCUUCACAGGCUGGUUCAAGUCCAAUUCCUUUCACCAUUACCCUAAUUCCUCAACUAACCCUUCUCCUCCUCCUCCUCCUCCUCCUCCUCAAUCUUCCCUCUUCUUCUCUCACUCCGGCGACUUCCACCGUCCACCGCCACCACCAACUCCUCCUCCUUCCCCUCCUCUCCGUGAAGCCCUCCCUCUCCUCAGCCUCAGCCCCGCCAACAAACAACACCACCACCACCAUGACCAUCAAAUUCAAGAACCACCUUCAAUCUCCAUGGAUGUUGACUACGAUCAUGAUCAUCACCAUCAAGAUGAUCAUAACCUCGAUGACCCUGACCAUGACGUCACGGUUGCUCUUCACAUAGGCCUUCCAAGCCCUAGUCCUCAAGAGAUGGCCUCUUUGCUCAUGAUGUCUUCUUCCUCCUCUUCCUCUAGGACCACUCAUCACAUGAACGACAAGAUGAAAGAUCUCGACAACGACUACCUUCACGCCGCCGCCGGAGGAGGUGAGGAUGACGAUGAAGAUUCAGUCGGCGGAGACGGUGGAUGUAGAAUAAGCAGACUCAACAAGGGUCAGUAUUGGAUCCCUACACCUUCUCAGAUUCUCAUUGGCCCUACUCAGUUCUCUUGUCCUGUUUGCUUCAAAACCUUCAACAGAUACAACAACAUGCAGAUGCAUAUGUGGGGACAUGGAUCACAAUACAGAAAAGGACCCGAAUCUCUAAGGGGAACGCAGCCAACUGGAAUGCUGAGGCUUCCGUGCUACUGCUGCGCUCCAGGCUGUCGCAACAACAUUGACCAUCCAAGGGCAAAGCCUUUGAAAGACUUCAGAACACUUCAAACACAUUACAAGAGGAAGCAUGGAAUCAAGCCUUUCAUGUGUAGGAAAUGUGGAAAGGUUUUCGCGGUCCGAGGGGACUGGAGAACACAUGAGAAAAAUUGCGGAAAGCUUUGGUAUUGUAUUUGUGGAUCUGAUUUCAAGCACAAGCGAUCUCUCAAAGAUCACAUCAAGGCUUUUGGAACUGGCCAUGGAGCUUAUGGCAUUGAUGGGUUUGAUGAAGAAGAUGAGCCUGCCUCUGAGGUAGAACAAUUAGACAAUGAUCAUGAGUCAAUGCAGUCCAAAUAACUUAUAUAUAUUAGUAUAAGUACUUAGUUUUUUCAGUAUAUAUAUUAAUUCUAUGAGUGCCUAAAUCUAUGGACCGAGUUUUGAUGGAGGUAGGGCUUCUCUAGUAAGAGCUAUAUGAUCAUCUAAGUUGUCAUAUACACAAAAUGAUCAGGAUCACUUGGAAUAUUUCAUAAUUGUAUCUCUAGUUUUCUACUUAAAUUUAUUACAAAGGAAUGUGUAACUCCAACUAAUGAGGUUCGCCACGGUAUCUACUUGUUUAUAUUAUUUUGGAAUUAGUUUACUUUUCGUUUCG